AUGGACCAUGUGAGCUGCAAAGGCAGUGAGUCCUCACUGUGGCACUGUCAGUCUCAGCAUGGCAAGAACAUCCAGUGUUCAAAACAACCUUAUGUGGUGUGUUCAGACAGUGUGGAGGUGAAACUGGCAGAUGGUCCUGGAAGAUGUGCUGGAAGAUUGGAGAUAAAGCAUGAGGGCCAGUGGAAGAAAGUUCUUGCAAAAGAAUGGACAGAGGCUCAAUCAGCAGCUGUCUGCAAACAACUGCAAUGUGGGGAAAAAGGCAAAACUGAAAAAUUCAGUCAGGGUUCUGGUAGCUUCCUGUCAAUAACGUGUCCGAGAAAUAAGAAGAUAUCAAAGAUAUCUGAGUGUUUAACAGAAAACUCAAACAACCAAUUUUCGGAUCGGGAAGCGGAAGCAGCUGGAAUCACCUGUGAGGGUCACAAGGUGGUGUUUUUAAGUGGAACCUGUUCUGGUCAUGUGGGGAUAGAGCAUGGCAGAGAAAUCUACUGGCUCUCUGGGUCUAAAGAGACAUGGAACCAAGAGUCUGCAGACACAGUGUGUCAGCAGAUGCAUUGUGGGAACGCUGCAAACUUUUCUUUCAAUUCUAGGGCUGAUAUGAUUAAUAAAGUUUGGAAAAACUCUUUUAGCUGCUCAUCCAGAGAAAACUCUCUUUUUGAGUGUAACCAAACUACACCUCUGCCUCCUGACCACCAUAAUUCUACUGCCUAUGUGAAAUGUUCAGGAAAUAUUGAGAUGAGGUUGACGAACAGCUGCUGGGGAAAAGUCAGGAUUCGUGUAGAAGAGAAGGAAGGAGAUAUGUGUGGAGACACCUGGACAGAAGACAAGUCUGUGAAGCUGUGUGAAAAGCUGAACUGUGGGACGCCCAUAAAAGCCCAUAACAGUCCCAAAGAUGGUGAUAUCCUCUUUAAGAGUUUACACCCGACAAAUCAGACUACUGACCUGACACAGAGCAUCUUUGUCAAAAACCAGGACAAUGAUAAGUCCUGUAGGGUCAAGCCCAGAUUUAGCAUUCCCAGUUACAAAUGCUUUGGAAACGUAGAGGUGGAGUAUGAGGGGAAGUGGAUCCCUGUGUGCGAGGAUGCUCUCAAAGACACUAACAAUGGAAACACCAUCUGUCAGGAGCUUAAAUGUGUACGGCUCUGCAACACAGUGUGA